GUACCAUUCGCUCACUAGCCUCUCGCUCCAAAGCGACUUGCUCGAAAGCACAUACUCCGCUUUCAAGUUCUCCCGCCAAGUUCCUAUCGAACGACAGUUCGUGCCACGUGUUCCGAGUUUCGACAGUUCGGAAGAAACCGGUUCAGUGUACCGUGGUCCGAAGGAGAACAUACGCUGAGAGAGAAAGAGAAAGAGAGAUAGAAAGGAAGAGAAAGAGAGAGAGAAAGAAAGAAGAUGGCCGCUACCACCACCAUGAACGAACCUACGCUGUUCGACUUGGAGCUCAACGACGUGUUCGAGAACGAGCUCAACGAUAAUCUUUACAAUCUGAAGAUGUCGGAAGACAAAGCCGUGAAGAGCCGCAAGAGCAGACGCAUGCUGAAGCCGCUGAAGCCGCUACUGCGAAUGCUGAAGAAGCACACCGGCAGUUACAUCAAAAAUAAAAAGCGUCAAGAAGCUGUGCCGCAGGUGGGCAUCUUCACCGAGGAAAUCGAGAACCAGAACAACGCCAACGAGGCGCUGGAACGUAGGCUCCUGCAGGAGCUGAAGGAUGCCGAGGAGGGAGCCGCCAUCACCGUCUGCCUGGACGGACAGAUGACCGUCGUGCCGGUUGUGCCUGGUCAGUGCUACGUGCCGGUGCAUUUCGCCCACACUCACGCCGGCGACUUCUACUGGACGACUCUCAGCUUGGCCGACCGAGACCUGUGCUACAAGGAGCGCGCCUUCUCGCAGUACCAGCUACCCGAGGUGCAAGUGGCGUAAGGUGUCAUCGUCGAGAACGACAGCAUCUACCUCAAAGGCGAAUCACCCCAAGCUGAUUACUCGAGAUUCCACUGGACUGCCUCCCGCGGAAGCGUCCUCGGGAUCGAGACUUGACGCUGUCAAUCGAGUUGUGACGACAGCUGAGACAGACAUUUCGAAACUGUGAUCGUUAGAUUAUAUUAGAUUUUAGUUCACUGACAAUUGACUGAUCAAGAAGAGCAUUCCUCGUAGAUGUAAAAUUAAUACAUCAAGGCGAAAGAGAGAUGCGUUAUAUUUUUUUUAUUUUCUUUUUUUUUACACCGCGGCGAUACUUGUCGCGUUUGUGAUAUUUGUACCUAUAUACAAAUUAUAGAGAGUGUUUUAUUUCAAGAUUGUGAUAUCGGCUUUAAUGUCAGCAAGUAUCGCUGACACUUUCCUACUUGUCUUCCAAUAUAUUUGUUUCGAAUAAAUGUUACUUAUAAGCAAAUGUACCUUGUGUCAAUUCAUCUUCCCCCUCAUCUUAGUUUUAAGCAAAUAAUUUUAAGAACAUAUCAUAGAAAUAAAUUUAUUGCACAAAUAAAUCUUACGUAUACAUAUAUAUUUAAAAAAUUCCUUACAAAAGAUUAUAAUAAAUUUAUUAAGAAAGAAGUUAAUCUUAAAUCGUAUUUUUUUAACACAUCUUCUAUAAGAAAGAAAAAAAAUGAUAAAAGAUGCAGCACUUUUAAAUUCAUUUGACAUUCUUAAAAAUUAUUCACUCGUGUCCCACAUUAACCGUUUCAUUACUUAUAAGAUCGUUUUCAAUUUCUUCGUUUUAAAUUUCUCUUUCAAAAGAGUUUCUUUCGGAGUUCGAAUUUC